CUGCAGAAAGUGGGCGGAGAUCUGACUUCCUGUUCCUUGAGCUGGGAAGAGCUUCACUAUUUCCUGCAGCACAGAAUUCAACAAAUCACUGUGAACUUCAGAAAGAGCGACAUUCAGUGCAACAUCAGAGAAAUCCUGCCAUUUCUGAACAGGAUUCAGUUUAAACGGAUGAGCUCUGUCUUGAUGCUGUCAGUAAUCACAGAGAUCUAUGAGAGCCGCUCUGUUGGGAGUGUGUCCGGUCUGUUGAGUUCAGUGCAGAACUACAUCAGCCUCCAGAGCCGAGAUCUGGACUCUGUCCACUGUGCGGCGCUGCGCUUCACACUGCAACACUGCACUGCAGUUUCACUCGACCUGCUGUGGACCUUCAUCCCAGAGGAAGAGCUGGAGAGCAUUGUGCCUCUCUUCAGACAUGUGUCCCGCAUUAGUGUUGACAGGCUGCUGUUACUGAAGAUGCUUCACUGCUGCAGUGUCUCUGAUGUCCAGCAAGAGUUUUCCUCAGUUCUUCUCUCCGUCCUGCAACACAAGCUGGACUUCUCCUGCCGUUCUGCUCUGGAUCUGACAACACACACACACUCCGAGACUCUACAUCUGACCACUGAGGACUGCCGUGUGAUGACCACAGUCAUUCAGAGAGCACACACAAACACACAGCUGAUCCUACAGGACUGUGAGAUUCACACAGCUGGAAUGGACCAGCUGUUCCCAGUGUUACAUGCUGUUAAACUCUGCUGUGAUAAACCUCUGCUGCUUCAGUUUCUGGCUCGUGUGAGUCCUGAGGAAGCGGAGUCUCUUUCUGGAGCUCUGGGUGACGAGGUGGACCUCAGUCAGACUCCUCUGGAGCCGCAGGUCUGUCGAGGUCUGGCGCUGAUUCUGGAAUAUUCUGAAGGACUGACUGACCUGGAUCUGAGUCAGUGCCGUCUCACUGAUCCCAGCCUGGAUCUGCUGCUCACAAACCUCCACAAAGCACAAAACAUCGAUUUUAGUGGCAAUCGCAUCACUGACACUGGGGCUCAGAGAAUCUACAGUGUCGUCUGUCGCAACAGUGACAUAAAGACAGUAAGGCUCUUCAACAACAGAAUUGAAUCCAGAGAGCUCUUCCUCACUGACCCACGAUUCGAGAUCUGGUGAUGAUGAUAAACUCUCUCAAGCAGGAGAAACAACCGAUGCAGAUCUAGAGAGAUGAGGCUCGUGAAAAGGUAACGGGUGUAAAGAAUCGGCCCAUCAGAGUCCCAGAGAUGAAUCUAGCUGCAGAUUUUAAACCAUAUUCAUGUUUCAGCAUCAUCUUCAGUCAUAAUCAACAUUGGGUUUCUGUUGCAUUUACUGAACAUAUCCAUUUGAAAACUUUCUUUCCUCUUCUUCAUCCCUUUAUAUUAUUUGUGUCAUGCAGGGUUAUAGUUUUGAAUUUAGUUUUUAUUUCUGUUAUAUUCAACUUAGUUUAGUGUAGUUAAUAUAGUAAUUUUUCUCAGUGACAGUUUUAGUUAUUAUUAUAGUUUAGUUUGUAAACUAAAGUUAGUAUUGCUUGUAUGGCUUCUAAAGUAAAUAUUAUAACUGGAAUCGUUUAAAAUAGAAAUAUAUUUUAAAUAUAUAUAUAUUUAAAUAUAUAGGUUAAAUAUUCAAGGCUUUCAAUCCAGUGUUUUUGCUAUACAGGCUUUUUCAUGGUUAAUUCAGGCGAGAUGUAAAGGUUUCUAGUUUGACGUGUCAUGUAUCAAAACCUAAAAUUAAUUGGUGGUCAAUUUUAGUAUGUUUUGGAGUCAUGAAAGUGUUAUGUUAAUCUUGUUGUUUUUAUUUUUAAUCUGUGUAUUGUUUGUGCUUCAUUGGAUUUUGGCCUUGCGAUGCAUUUAUGGCACAUUUUCACAAAUGACAACAGUUUAGAUGUGAACCAUUUUAAGGUGAUGUAACAUUGAACUUGUUUUAGCAUCUUAAAAAACCCGACACCGCAACAAUGACGGUCCAUAAUGUGGUCAAGCUUUUAUGAAAAAGAUGUUGACAUGCUCCUGUGUGAAUAUUUUUUGAAUGCUGAAGAUGCUUUUGAUAUUUUUAAUUUUCCAUUUCAAUGUCUUUCCAGUAGAGGGCAGCAAUGAUUUGUUAAAGUGAAAGGAAAGUGAAGUGAUGCGAAGGCCCAGUUUACAUACUUACAAUCUGUCCUCUGUAUUUAACACAUCCAAGUUAGUGCACACACAUUAGGAGCAGUGAGUAGUGAAAACACACACAAACGGUUAGGUGCUCAUGGACAUCUCAGUCGUUUCCUUGAUAAUCUAACCUGCAACCAUUGUGUUACUGAGUUCGACUCUCUAAACAUUAGUCCACGACUGCCCUCUCAUUAAUAAUGAAAACAUCCAAACUGAAGAACAUACAGUAAUGCAUUUACACCAUUGAUUACCUGAUCUUCUCCUCUUCAUCAUGAAGAAGAGUAGAAACCGUUUGACUGCCUGAAUUCUAGUGUUUACUGAAGACACAAUACAAGACAGACGUUAUACUCAGGAAAACACAGUUAAAAUAUAAUGUACGUACGUACUGUAUUACAAAUGUUUACUGGACGUUUGCAAGGUGUCAUACUGUUACUUGACAGAUGUAUUUAUAAUAACCUGUUUUGCAUUUAUUAGAUUUGUUAUUUCUGUGGGUACGGUAAUAACCUGUUACUGAAUGAAAUAAAAAAUUUCUAUAUGUCCA